UCUCUGAAGAAGAAUAGUUUCUUCUCCCUUGCCAUGUUUUAUCUCUUUCUUUGUUUCUUACACUUCUUUCCCCUCCGUUUGUCGUUGUCACUUUAAAAAAAAAAAAUCUGUCACAUUCUUUGUCUCCUUCCCACUGUCAGUUUUCUUUGCCUCCUGACAGCUGUCUUUCUCGUCUUUUUCUGUGCGAGACAUGGACAAAACGAAGGUUAUGCAGCAAGAAAGAAUAUUCUAUAAAGCCUGGGCAGCACUCAGCAGUGGCCGCAGUCAUUUCCCGCCCACUCUGACUUCCUGCCAAGUUUCAGCAAGGGCUGCUUAUUGGCGGUGAUGACCCAUUUGAAGGGAUGUCUCCAGGGCUUAGCUUCACAGCCUGCAUAAGCCUAUGCACAAUUACCGAGGCCUCGGCACCCAGUGCAGGCAGCCUUCAAAGAAAAGGCAUUUUAAGAGCUUUGGGCAGCACUUGGCAGUGGCUGCAGUCAGCACCCAGCCGCUACAGAUUCAUGCCAUUAUGUGGCAGGCACCAAAACUGGACGCUGAUGAUCCCGCUGCGGGGACUUCAUCAAGAGGCUUUGUGCUAUCCCCGGUAGGUUUUCUUAUGCCUCCUUCAAGUUUAUCGCUCCUAACAAACACAUUGGCUGGACUAAGUGGUUUCUUACGAGCAUCCAGGCUUUGGUGGAAGCCACAUUUUUUAGUGCCUUGGUGGCCCCAACCUUUGCUUCUUGUAGUGGGAAAGAAGAGCUCUGCUGACCUCAUUCCUCUAAACGAAGAUGACCUGGAAGAGCAGUUUGUCCGUGGCUCUGGACCUGGAGGCCAAGCAACAAAUAAAACCAGCAACUGUGUGGUCCUGAAACAUCUUCCCUCUGGAAUUGUAGUCAAGUGCCAUCAGACACGAUCAGUAGAGCAGAACCGCAAGAGAGCCAGAGAGAUCCUCCAGGAGAAAGUUGAUGUGUUCUACAAAGGCGAAACCAGCGAUGUUGUUAAGGAGAAACGGAAAUUUGAGAGGAAGAAGCAAGACAAGAAGAGACGAGCAAAAGAAAAUCUUGAAAGGAAAAGGCAGUUGAAAGAAAUGAAAGCACUGGAGGACAAAUAAGGAGAAUUGAGGCAGUUGUGGGUUUAUUUUUAAAGCACACAUGCACAUCAACUUUGGUGUGCAUGAUAGGGGAACUUCUGGCUUUUUCUUUCAUGUUUGCCUGGUUUUGUUUUCAAAGAACUAGUUUAGAAUUGCAAGAAAAUCUUGCAACUCACAGAGGUAAAAUGCAAGUCAUGGUAACUCUUAUGACUGUUUUCCCUUUCAUCAGAUGUCAGAAAGCUUCAGCCAGGAUACAACAUCACCUUGGGCUGCCACAAGUUGAGUUCUUUACUCCCUUUUUUUGUAACCAGCAACUGGAGCCUACAAACUAAUCUUACCUACCCUUUCAGAAGUUCCUGCAUCAAAAUUGCACGUCUCUGUGGAGACCCAUGUUGAUUGAUGCUGGGCAACUUCCUGUCACACUUUCAGGAAUUGGUGCCCAAUUGCCGGUUGCCAAGACAACAUUGGCAGUUUUUUUGGUUGCACACAGGAGGAGUGUUAAUCUGCAAGCCCUGUUCUAAGUCUCUGUCCUCAGGUCAUUCAAACUAUGCCAGGUGUGUGCUGACCAUGAAGCAGUGGGUGUGGCAUGUUCCCAGCAUGGUGCCAUCAUUCAGCAUCGUGCAUGCAAAAUGGGAAUGGAAUGAUGCCCAAACUGACCCCAUGAGGCUAGAGCAGCCUAACAUGCAGUGCAGUGUCAAAACAACCCACGUUUGUGGGCCCUACAACAUGAAAGGGUUGUGUUGUCUAACCCACAGUUCUUCAACCUUAGAAGUCAUGCUAAUGCUGCUUCAAACAGACUCGUUCUUUUAUAUGCUUGGUAAUUCUGUCAAACCACGAUUUGUACCAGCUUCCCAGAAGAGGCAGUUAAGCCUGCAAUUUCCUCCUUGAUUUCUUUUUCAAAAUUAAUAUUACGUGGGCCACUUUCCAAUCCACCAGUAUUGAGGGUGAUCAGUAGUUACAUAUUGUUAGAAUAUCUUGAUCUUUCCAAUCGAUAGACCCUUCCACACCAGUCUAAUCUUGGGAACAACCAGAAGUGUCCCCUUGAACUGCAAUGCAAAAAUCUUUCCUGUUUCCACAGAAGGAUCUCUACCUCUAGCCUUGGAGCUCGUUUUGAUCUUUACUUCUCCACAGUUUUGCUGCUGAGUUGACGUCCAGUCCCAAAGGGAGACACCAGCAGCUCAAUCUGGUUUGCUCUUUACAUCGUGGGCUUUCUAACGUAACAGCCUGGUUCUUCCUGGUGCCUUUCUGUUUUGUUUUUAAGAUGUGUUUUUCUGGGUGUGUUAGUGUUUUAUCACUUGUUUUUUGUGACCCUGGGCCCCUUCUAGAAGGAAGGGUGAGUUAUAAAUUUAAUAAAUAAAUGAUUUCCAUAGA